AGUAUACUGAAUGCCAUGGAUAAGUUUGUCCGAAACGUAAACACCAUGGACGAAACGAUACUGGUUCCGUGCAGGUUAAUGGAUUGCAAGGUUGGUGAUGCAACAGAUACCGUGCCAGCCGCACCGAAAGCACAACACCAUGGAGCACAUCACGGCAAGAAGUCGAACCGUGCGUCGAUACGCGAAACCCUAAACACUUCAGAACUGUUCGCGCUGUACAACAUGCUGAAGGUGGUGAAAGUGGAUUUGCUUUGGGGACGCCAGGAUGCGGAAGACAGUGUCGAGGAGUCGGUGGUAAUGGGUUGUGCGACGAAGAGCUCGACCUCGUCCAAGGGUAACAGCAAUAACACUGACACCACCGGCACGAACAACUCCACCGCAAAUAGCACUAACAGCAGCAACAAUACAGCCACGGACGUGACCACGAGCACCAACAGCAGUACCGGAACCUCCGUCUCGGUGACCGGAAGCGAAAAGGUGGUCGAUGCGAACAACAGUCCCGCUCCGAUGACGGCGACAUCGGCGAAGGGUCACAAUCGACGCCCGAGCACGGUAUCGGUCGCAUCCUCCAACUCGGCGAGCACGCUGAGCGAUUCCGACAGCGAAACUUCGGCGGAAAACGAUUCCGGUAUCGAGUCGGAAGGUAACCAAGAGCAGGACCGUAGCGCCGAGCUUGCCAAACAGUUUCGCACGCAUCUGAUCGGACUGUACCGGUCGCUAGAGCAGAUGAGUGAAGCCGCCAACUAUCUGACGGCACGGUACCAGAGCGAUGUCGGGCCGGUUUAG